UGGCAUAACUAAACUACAAGACAUAAUUAGAUAGAAAUAACAACAAUCUAGCUCACUCAAACUUCCUUUCAUUAAAAAAAAGAUCAGAAGAAGAAAAAACUCUCUCAAAGCAAAUUAAUAUGUAAUAAGAAGCAUAUGAUUUAUUCCUUUCAUUUAUCUUGAUAUAUCCAGAAAAGGAGAAGACAAGAGAAAAGAAGAGAAAAGAGAAAAAAGGACAGAAGUUGAAAAGGGAGCACCUUUAUAAAGUUUAAAUUUUUAGUUUUUGCGUAGAGAGAGAAGAAGAGAUAAAGAUAAAAGAGGAGAAGAGAGAAUGAAGGCCCUCACAACAUUUCAUCGUUUGAUUUCAGGUGUUUGGUUUGUGGGUUUUGGGGUUUAGACAUUUUUGAGGAGAGAAGAGAAAAAAGAAGAAGAAUGAAAGUGAAGGGAGGAGGGAAGAAAAAGGGGAGCUGUGACACAAAUUUAGGCGGAGAUUCCGACACUAACCCGCCACCCAAUGGCUCCUUGUCGUCUCAGCUCGACCCUUCUCUUUUCCCUCUUUCUCUUCAACAACAAGAUACCCAUCUAAAGCUCCACGAUGCCCAGCCCCAGCCCCACCCAGAUGUUCAUGAUGCUGAAAACAACGAAGAGGACGACGAUGAAGACGAAGAUGACGCUGAUAAUGAUGAUGCUAAUGAAAACACUGAGCGUCCCAAGCUUGACGACGGCUUCUAUGAAAUAGAAGCCAUUCGCCGUAAAAGGGUCCGCAAGGGUCAGCUUCAGUAUCUCAUCAAAUGGCGUGGUUGGCCAGAGACAGCUAACACAUGGGAGCCUUUGGAGAAUCUCCAGUCAUGUUCUGAUGUUAUUGAGUUAUUUGAAGAGAGCUUGCAAUCCGGGAAGCAUAGGAAGCGAAAGCGUAAGCAUGGGACUCCUCAUUCUCAACCUAAGAAGAGACAACAACGUCCAACAGGUGCUCACUUUAACGGCACAGCGUUGGAAACCACUGAUAUGAUGGAGAAAUCGACUGCAGCCCUUGAUAAUUUGAGCCUUGCUGAGAUUUCUGCUCUCCCACAAGAAGAAUAUCUUGGGGAUGUCAUUGUCAACAAUGGUGAGACAUUCAAGAAGUUCAAUGUUGAAAAUGGUGUCACGAAUGCUUACCCUAAAAAAUGUGGGAGGAAAGAUGAAAAUGAGUAUGAUCCAAAACUUAGUGAGCUUAAAACAACCUCUACUAGCAAUGCAGAUAAACUGGGCGUACAGCAUCAAGAACCAAAGUCUUCUGAAGGCAAUGGCCCCACAGAAGGAAUUCCCCAGGUGCACUGUGCUGAAACAGUUCAGAACAAUCGCAGUAUGGGAGCUAAGAGAAGGAAGUCUGGUUCUGUGAAGAGGUUUAAACAAGAGUUGCCUUUAUGUGAUGCUCCUGUUAUCCAAAAUAUAACAAUUGGAACCAGCAUUCUCCCCGGCAGCAGAAUUGAACUACUAGGGACAGGAAGUCUCACUGCUGCUGGGGAAAAUCCAAGUGACAAUAAUAGGGCUGAUGAAUACGAAAAUUCAUUGUGUAUCACCAAGAUUAUCAAACCAAUAGGCUAUUCAGCUUCUGUGACAAACAAUAUUCAGGAUGUGUCAGUGACCUUUAUGGCCAUGAGGUCGGAUGGAAGAGAGGUGAUGGUGGAUAACAAGUUCCUCAAGGCCAAUAACCCACAUCUGUUGAUCAACUUUUACGAGCAGCAUCUCCGAUACACUGCCACAUUGUGACUUCAUCAGCUAUUGUGGUCUUCAACUUGUUUGCUGUUAGCUUUAUACAGUUCUUUCCUUCCUAGUAUUGUAGUUGCAGGAGUACUGCAGUUCAACAAAUGUAGUUAUCAGUGUAAAAACUAAGUAAUAUAUGAUGAGACUAGGGUUCAUACCAGUGUCAAUCUGCCCAUUAUCUCAUUUUGGUUUCUCCUCAUAUGAUAUGACCAGAGAUAUUAUUGCUAUGUAUUUUGGAUCUUAACAUGAGAAUGAAAAUGAUUUAAAAAAUCAUACUUCACUGUUUCAGAAAUUCACUGUACUCUCUACCAUAGUUCUUGUAAAGUUGUGAAGGUUCCUCUUUCAAACUUCUUUGUCUUAAUAGUAUGACGUGUGGGAAUUCCAUCAUUUGUGGAGUCAACAUAUAUUAUUGUGAUUUUCUUUCAUUUUGGCUUCUCCUCAUAUAUAUUAUUGCGAGAAUUUGACUUUUCAUGCAUAUAUGGUUUCAAUUCAACCCCCAAUGAUUUGGUUCUAUAAUUUUCUUUCUUGUUCAUCUUCUUUGGUAUCCAAAGUCUUAAAAACUUAUCUGGUCAGCAUUUCUUUUUAAUAUGAUAUUAGUCACUUAUGUUAAAAAGUCUCGACUAAACAAUUUAUUUACCUUACACAAUUAAAUAUAUUUGAACUGGUCUCGUUUUUCUCAGGUGUGUUAUAAUGAAAUCUUACACUUGUCAAAAGAGUAUAAUAUUAAUUAGUACGUAGUAGGAAACUCUUGUUUUUUAUGGUUGGCGGCCAGUUUAUAACUGACAAAUGAAAUGUAUUAGUGACUAGAGUCGUUGGCGUAGCUCAACUAAUCAUAUUAGAUCUCUAUAACUAUAACUGUUUUUGUUAUUAGAGUCAUAUCAGCUCAAAAUUCCAAUGGGAGAAAGAGGGCCAUCACCAUUGAUACCAUUGCUAUUGGUGGGAGUGUUGGCAAUGGUUAUUUUUGGACCAUUCUUACUUUGUCUUUGGGAGACUGUAAUAAUGCCUCUAUUAGAACUGGGAUCAAUCCUUGCCAUACUUAUACUUCUUUUAGUUUUACUUGUACACUUGAAUUCAACAUUGUUCCCCAAACUUGGAGCUGGAAUUGGGAUGUCUAUGUCAUCAUUCUCCUCUGUCUCUGCUUCCGCGCCUUCGGACGACGAUGGCUUUGGGCUUGGGAUGGGAAGCUUUCUUUUACUACUGCUAUUUUUGCUUCUUUAUAGGCUGUUCUGAAGCCAAUGCUCCCUCCCUUGGUGAUUGUUAUAAUUGAUAGUUGAUAUAUAAAUAAGAGACUUUUUAAUAAGUGGUAAGAACUUUUGUUUGUGUUGUCUUACGGAUAAGUUGAAAUCUUAAAAAUACAAGUUUGUACAUUCAUUGUAUACGUAGUCAUUAGAAUCUCUCACAAUAGAUAGAUGUAUAACAUAUGGCAUAUGAAUGUAACACGCAGACAAAAGAAAGCAAAGACUUGAUUAAUAAACAACAACUAUCAACUAUGAAUUCUCAAAAUGUUAUACAAACAAAGGAAGAAAAGUGAAAGAAAUUAAAAAUAAAAAUUAGUUCUUGGGAAUGUUUACGCCAACAAUCUUAGCAGGUGUAAUCCUGAGAAGAUUACCAGGCUUUCCAGGAAGAGCGCCUUUGAUCAUAACAACAUUGAGUUCUUUAUCGAUCUUUACAAUUUUGAGCUUUCGAAUCUUACGCUUAGUCCCUCCCAUUCGACCAGGCAUCUUCUUCCCCUUGUAAACUCUACCAGGAGUGGUUCCAGCUCCAAUGGAACCCAGAGCUCUAUGGCUUUUGGACCCAUGAGUCAUCAGACCCCUCUUGAAGUGAUGACGUUUGAUACCACCCUGAAACCCUUUCCCAAUCGUCGUCCCCGAAACAUCGACCAAAUCCCCUUCCUUGAAAAGCUCCUCCAACACCAGCUUCUGGUUCGCCUCGAACCCCUCCACCGAUUGCAGCCGAAACUCCUGUAGAUGGCGCAUAGGGAUAGCUCCGGCCUUCUCUAGAUGACCCAUCUCCGGCUUGGUCAGUUUCCGGUCCCUCACACGGCGGUAUCCCACCUGAACGGCGUCGUAUCCAUCCGUGGCCUGGGUCUUGACCUGGGUGACAAUGUUGCCUUCCUUGAAGCCGACGACGGUUACGGGAACGACCUUGCCGUCGGACUCGAAGAAACUCAUCAUGCCUAGCUUGGUGGCCAUUAAUCCGAUGCCGGCCUCGACGCUCAUGGUGAAUUUUGACGAGGACGGUGUCGUUUUGAGGUGGAGUUUGGGAGGAGGACCGAGGAAGGAGGAGCGCAGGGUGAAAUUGGGUUUGGGUUUGUUGAACAGGGUUCCGACUGAGAAGGAAAUGGUGGAGGACAUAGUUGUUGACAUUUUUUUCUUCUUCUUCUUCUUUGUUAUGACUCCAAACAAAGACUCAGCUCACCAGAGCAU